GAACGAUAUUAUUGUGACGAACAACUCGGUGGAGGACGAUGACCAUGAGCUGGGCCAUGGUAUGGAUGCGGUGAUUUCGACGGUGAUGUCCCCCAGAGGAGAGCUGAUUGAAGUGAAGCUCGGUGAUGUUGAUGAGGCCAUGGACUACGUCCACGAUCUCGAGGAACUCACGGAGUGGGAUGAUGCGUACGAGCGGAAACUACUCUGGAAGAUUGAUCUAUUCAUUCUGCCAAUUUUAGUGGCAUUAAUGUCCUGUCAAUUGAUGGACAAGACCACCAACUCGUAUGCUUCCAUCAUGGGGCUCAAGACUGACUUGAACAUGUCUGGAACAGAAUACUCGUGGGUCGGAUCUUCAUUCUAUUUCGGGUACUUGAUCUUUGAAUAUCCGGCAAAUUAUUUGAUCCAAAAGUUCCCUCUUUCCAAAACUCUUUCGACAGCAGUGAUUAUUUGGGGAAUUAUACUAAUGUGCCAUGCUGCCUGCUCCAAUAGUGCCGGCUUCAUAGUAUGCAGGGUCUUUCUUGGUGUUUUUGAAGGCUUUAUGAACCCUUCCUACAUCAAGAUGACAUCUCAGUGGUGGAAAACAAACGAACAGUUCAUGAGAACAUCUGUCUGGUUUGGAUUCCAAGGUUUUGGUACCUUGCUGGGUGCCGGUAUUGCCUAUGGCCUUGCCAAAAACCGUACUGGUGAUUACGCUUUGGCUUCUUGGAGACUCCUAUACAUCAUAACAGGCGUCAUUACUAUCCUUUUGGGAAUCAUCUCCCUGAUCCACGUACCAGAUAUUCCAACAAAGGCAUGGUUCCUGAAUAGCAAGGAUAAGAAGUACGUUGUUGGCCGUGUUAAGCAAAACCAACAAGGAUUUGGAUCCCACAAAUGGAAACCUGCGCAACUCAAAGAGGCUCUCUUCCAGGAUGUAACCAUCUGGUUGUUUUUCUUUUAUGGUAUGUCCUACGCAAUUCCUAAUGGUGGGUUUACCAACUUUGGAUCAAUCUUACUUAACCAGGACUUUGGGUUUUCAACAACACAAUCUCUCUUGAUGAACAUGCCAGGUGGUGCAAUUGACAUUAUCGCUCCUCCUCUCUUUGCGUUGUUCAACAACUACUUCAUGAAAGGUCGCCGUCUUAUCACGUGCAUGCUCGUUUAUUUAAUAUGUAUUGCUGGUAUGUGUCUGCUAAACUUUGCUGGUGAUAAGAGAGCUCGUCUCGUUGGAUAUUAUACCUUCUAUAUUGCUACAGUUGUCAUUGGUGGUAUCUGUUCCCUUAUUUCUUCCAAUGUUGCUGGUUCAACAAAGAAGAACAUAGCAAAUACUGUGUUCCUUAUUGGCUACUGUGUUGGUAACAUUGUGGGCCCACAAACUUUCAAGUCUAAUCAAGCUCCUGACUAUGUCGGUGCAAAGACUGCUAUGCUUGUCUCCUUCUGUGCAGGCUGGUGUAUUCUGUGUGCUUUGUUCUUGAUCUAUUCAAGACGUAACAGGAUCAAAGAGGAGCAGGUCAGAGAACUUGGUGAAAAGCUGGAGCAUCAUGCUAACAUUGAGUUUGCAGAUCUCACCGAUUUUGAGAACCCGUACUUCAGAUAUUCGUUAUAA